AUGUUAGCAUUCGAGGUUAAGCAGAGAGUCCAUGGCCCAAUGGUCAACAGAACAGGCUUUUCCCCAUCCGAUCCUAAGUGGUAUGAUAGGCCUACUGAUCUAUAUGAGCUCGAUACAUUGAUCCCUGCUGCUGUCCAUGGUUAUGAUGAUGUUAUUGAUUAUUAUCAUGAUAUGAGUGCCUGUAGUGAGAAAUACAGCAAUGGUGGCGCGAAUAUCGCCAUACCAACCCUCUUGAUACAUUCCCGUGAUGAUCCUAUCAUUCAUGUUGAGGCUGGAGCUGUGUUACCGCCAACAGCAUCUAAGUAUCUAUUCUCAUUGAUAACAGAUAACGGUGGGCAUGUAGGUUGGCCUCAGGGCUGGCUACCUUGGAAAUCGGGGUUCAAGUGGGUCUCUGAGACCGCUAUCCAAUUCGCCGAGACAGUAGCAUUGAAUUGGGAUCUGCUUGACGACGCUCACUAA